AUGACGUCGACUCGCCGGCAAUCUCUGUUCGAAACUCGUCAUCUCUCUCGCCCCUCACUUGCUGAUGACAUUAUACUUGGUCCGCCCAAGAUGAUGUUCGCAUCCUCGUCCACUCGAAUACCUUCCGGAAAGUUUGACCACGAUUCCCACACUACUUCUUUAGCCUCGCCAGUUAUUGAUGAAGAUCGUGAAAGCUCCCGUUUCGAACGGUUUAGAAUGGGUGGGGGUAUUAGGCUUGGCAAAGAGAUGGACAAAGAUCGUCCUGAACGCAGUAGCUUGCGCGGGGACCAUACUAAACGAGGCUUCGGUAGAGACGAUGCUGAAGGUUGGACUAGUGUGUCCCGCCAACCUCGCAAGAGCUUUGGGGCGGAGGACGGUGAUCGUUUCCGUGGUGCUGGUGAUAGGGGAAAGAGGGAAAAUCCAUGGGAUAAGGACCGUCCGCCCAAAUACGACAAUUUCGGUAGAGAACGUGAACAUCGUCCAAGGGGGAGGAGGGAUGAGGCAAGCUGGUUGCUCGAAGAUCGUGGUCCAGGCAAUGAAGACAAAACCGGCGAUAGUAAGACUGUGCAUUCAAUGGAGGAAUUUCAACGUUGGAAGGAGAGGAUGAAGGCAAGCAAUGCACCAGAAGAAAAGAAGAUUAAGGUUCAAGCGCCAGGGGAACUGGUGGGGCAAGACAAAUUCCCCAAGGAGCCUAAAGGUGAUCAACAGAGUCCGAAGGAAACUAAAGAUACUCAUUUCGCCAUCGAAGAGCCGGCAACAGCCCCGGCAGUUGUGGAGAAUGGGGUUGACAGGUUCUUUGGUCUUUGGGGUGCUCCGAGCUCUAGCAAGAGCCCCGAACAGGACAUCUUGGGAAAUGCGCGUCCGGAGACCAAAGCUGCCGUCAAGUCUCGCUUUACUUCUUUCUUCGCCCCUCAAGAGCCUAUCUCACCGGACAUCCCAGAGCCUCCUGUUGCUACCAAAAUUCCUACUCCAGCUAAUGAGUCCUCCUCCGAGGACAAGGAAGGUUUCCAGCGUAUACUGAAGAUCCUGAGCGGUGUCAGCCUUGGAAGUUCAGAACCAGUUUCUGUUCCAUCUCCCGGGAUGUCCCGCCCACCACAGCCUAGUGUUUCCCCACUAGCCUCAAUGAUGGCCUCGCAUCCACCCCCACCGCACUCUCAACAGACACCCGUUACUUCCCCCCCUCAUCGGGACGCUAAUGCGGACUUUUUGAUGCGUCUCAUGCAUCAGUCCCAUCAGCCGCAACAAAAUCAAGCCCAAGGUCCCCCUCCCCCGCCUCCACUGCACACUUCGUAUGGCGGUCCGUCUCAGAUGCCCCCGCCUCCUCCAAUAUCAACCAGUCCUCACAACUUUCAAAGAGCAAAGAACAAUCCACUUUCACCAGCAUUUGAUGACCCUGCCAUCACCGCUUUUAGGCAGCGUUCCAGCCAGGAGUCCACAAGUCCUAUUCUUCCUAGGGGCCCUCCUCUCAUAGAACAGCAUGGCCCUCCUGGCGGUUGGAAUCAUCACCAUCAGCAGCAGCAGCAACUAUCACAACAACAGCAGCAGCCACAACAACCCCCUCCCCAAAAUCACCGUCAGGUAGCACCACCACCCGGAUUCCCCAGACCCCAACAUCAGCAGCAGCAUCACCAAGGUCCUCCGCCCCCACCCCCCUUCCUUGGUCCACCCCCUGGUGUUAACGGGCCUCCGCCAAUGCCGUUCGCGUUGGGCCCUCCUCCUCUCAGCAUGCCUCCAAAUUUUGGGCCUCCUCCUCCGUUCUUUGGGAUGAACGGGAUGAACGGUUUGAACAGCCAUCCACCUCCGCCCCCGCCUCCGCAAAUGAAUGGGCCCCCAUCACAAGGCUACCAUAUUCCAUUCCACCACCCCCAUGCUGAACCCCAUGGGCCCCCCAUGGGUAUGCAUGGACCUCCAUUUGGAUUUCCCCAUGAUGGUCUGAAGCACCCUCAGCAUCCCCACGGUCCUGGAAACCCAAGGUUCCCCGGUGAGCCACUGCACCGCCAACUUCGUUAGCUUUGCCAACUACUGCUCCCCAGCUGCCGUGCAGUAGUCAGGCUAAAAUACUAUUCUGCUGCCCACCAACCUACAUUUCAUACCAUCCCGUAUGAAAAUGCCCACUUUACCUCGGUUUCCCUAUCAUUAUCUCUUUUUCCCUGACCGGUCUCGUUUCUCUCUACACUCGUAUCACGCGCAUUUCCUUGGUUAAUUCCAUCGUCUUGUCUUUUUCUUUUCAAUCCCCCCACUGUUGAUGAGGUCUCACCCGUUUGCUCCAUCAUGUCUUUAGUGCCAUGUAACCAUACUUCAGUUCUGAUAACGCUCUCCCUUGCUCUUACAUUUAUUUUUUCUCCCUUUUUUUCUUCUUUCCUUUCCAAGGUCUUUUUCCUCCUUUUUUAUUUUUUAUCCUCUUACUGGGUUGGUCGUUGUCGGUGCUUGUUUGGCGAUUAUGUGUCGUUACUACCACUUUUGCUUUGCUUUUUCCUUUUUUUUUUUCUAGCUUGCGACAUCCGGUAUCUUAUUUUGACGGUUUUUGCGGUAUGUGUUUGGAAAAAAAAUCAAGUUUUUUCUCUUUCUUAUUCUUGUUUUGUUGGUUGACUGGUUAGUUGGUCGGUUGGUCGCACUACCGUGGGAUUUGUUGGGUCGGGCCGUUCAUGG